AUGCAUCAGCAGCAGCAGCAGCAACCAGUUGGGAGGGUGCAAAGACUUGCUUCUUGGAAUGAUAAUAGAGACACUACUGCCCAAGAUGGCGGGUACUUGUUCAAUUCACAACCAGGGCCAGGGCCACCGCUGUUGCAGCAGCUAUUUGGCGGCCAAAAUCAGUUUUAUACUCAGAGGGGACCCCUUCAGUCCAGUAACACACCUUCGGUUCGAGCAUGGAUUGACCCAACAUCAUCAGCCAUUGCAAUUGGCUCAGCUGAUCAAGCAGUAUUACCCGUGUAUCAUCAUCCAUCCACAAUUCCUCCUGGUUAUGGAUUUGCCUCUGAAUUAGGCGGAUUCUCUGGGUUUCGUAUUCCUGCUCGAAUCCAAGGUGAUGAAGAGGAGCAGGAUGGUAUAUCCGAUAAGCCAUCCUCUGCUUCCUCUGAUUCUCGCCAUUGA